AUGCCACGAUUGGCAAUAGCUAAUGGAUUGAAGUUUCCAGAUAUUCCGGAUGUUUUGAAUGAAUUAACUUCAAUGGAGGAGAGAUUAGUAAGUCCUCCUCACGUAUUUUUGAAAAUAGUUCGUAGAGGCCAGGGAUUAGGAUAUCAGCAUGGUUUAUCAGGAAAUGUUAUUAAUGUACCUGUAAAAAUUAAUAACAUGGUAAAAGCUUUGCCUCGGUCGAUAAAUGAUGACAAUGUCAUCACUGUAGAGUUGAAGCGUAAAUUCUGUUAUAAACAUGGUCGAAAAGAACAAGUCCGCCCGGAAAUCAUACGGAGAGCAGCGGAAUAUUUAGUAACUUGUGAACUGUUUCGGACAUAUGGUAUAGAACUUGAAGGUUCAUGGACAAAUAAUGAACCUGAAGACACUGUCGAAUGUACCUGUAGUUCACCUGAGCAGGAGAGCAAUGUUGAUGAGAUCCCUGAUGUAAAUCCUGGUGGCACAGAAACUCUGUUAGAUGAAAACCAAGACUUAACAAUAGUUAUGGCUCCAGAAGAAGGUGAAAGGCCAAUUUCCUUGCUUUUUGAUCGACAUCUGGAAGAGCUGGCUUUCAUAAAAGUACAUUGCGCUAUUGAGCGAAAAUACCUCGUGAACUUAAGUCAUUCUGAAGUCACACGUUCAGAAAUUUCCAGAAAUGACAGGCGAGCUGUAAGACCUGAUUACCUAUUUACUGCCCUGAAAAAGCAACAAACUAUUGCCGUCAAAAAUAAUGUUACGACCUGUUUACGCAAAAAAACUGUCAGAGGUGCCCCUGUAUUUGCAAGUAAUGUGCUUCAAAAUAAUUUUGUUGACAAUUUAGUUCAACAUGACGAUGGGUAUCGUGUUCUUGGAGGAAUUAGAAAUUCUCCUGCUCACUGGGAAAGUGAAAAAAAGUUGUUAGCAAUGGUUAGACAGUUCGGUGUUCCCACUUUAUUUUUAACUAUAUCUGCUGCUGAAGUGCAAUGGAUUCCAUUAUUAAUUUUGCUUAGUGAAGUAGUUGAUAAGAAAAAACUUACUGAGCUUGAAGCGGAAAACUUGCCAUACGAUACAAAAACUCGCCUUAUACAAUCCGAUCCGUCCACAUAUUUUGAAAUCAAAUUAAAAGAAAUUCAAAAAACCUGGUCCUGUUCAUCUGGACCUUUCUUAAAUUAUAAAAUCACUCACUUUUAUUAUCGCAUUGAGUUUCAGCAUAGAGGAUCGCCUCAUGCUCAUAUGAUGUUAUGGUUAGACGAAGCGCCCACUUUUGUACCCGGUGAUACAGCAUCUGCUUAUGAUAUUUCCAAAUUUGUUGACAAUAUUAUUUCCUGUAACAACACUGAAGUACCUGAUGCACUUAGACGCCGGCCAACAUCAGAUAGACUGUGUCGCUCUGGACUACCAUUUUUCCCCCUGGAUAAAACAAAAGUAUUAAUAGAACUUUCAAAAGACGAUCCAGAGUUCAAAAAAUCAAAACAAUUGGCAAAAGACAUCUGCCAAAAAAUACAAAAUAUUACUGCAGGAAUAUACACUUUCGUUGAUUUUUUGGACUGGAUUAGAGCUGACCGAGGGAUGUCUCGUCUUUUGCGUGAAGCUUUGGACGAAGCUAAAAAAGGAAAUAAAAGUGUUAAAGAUUCAUUAAGAACAGUAUCUAAUGUAUUCUUAAAUUCUAGUGAGAUCUCUGCUCAAGAGGCAAUCUAUGUACUGACUGGUUUACCGCUGUCACGAGCUAGUGAAGCUGCAAUGUACAUAAACACUAGUUUGCCACAAGAGCGAGUGCAUAUUUUAAAAAGUUACCUUGAAUUGCAAAGCCUCGAACCUGAUUCUUCCGAUAUAUUCCAAAAGGGUAUUAUUGAUUAUUAUUCAAAACGACCACUAUCGUUAGAAAACAUAAGUCUUUCCCGUUUUGUAGCAUAUUACACUUAUUCCAAAAAAACUCAUUCAGCUAGUUCAAUAGAAACUCUCAAUGACAGUUCUCAAGCAAUUGAUUAUUCCCAGGCUGUUGAAGAAGUUGAAGCGGAAGGGAAUUGGAUUUCUUUGCAAGAUAAUUUAGGAUACAUACAGAAAAGAACUAAAACUCGAGUAAUACGAUUUCGCCGGUACAGUUACAUUGAUGAUCUAGACAAUUUUUAUAGGGAACAGAUAAUGCUAUACAUCCCUUGGUGA